AUGCGCAAGCUGUCAACGAACAUUCCUGUGCGUAUUGACCUCGUCGGGCGUGUCAGGACUCAAUGCAGUAACAGUCCGGCAGACCAACUAACCGUCUCUCCAACCACCACGGCGUCCAAUGCGACGACGACCAUCACCACCGAUGCUCGAAAUCCCCGUGACCAGCUGCUGUCGACCACCUCACAUCAUCAUCAUCAUCAUCAUCAUCAUCAUCAUCAUCAUCAUCAUCAUCAUCAGAAGCAGCAGCAACUGCCGUCGACCACCGCACAGCCCCAUCAUCCCUGCCACAAUCUCCACGGCGGCGGCGGCGAUGACGACGGUGCGAUGACGAUCACCAAAACAGCUCCCAUUGCCGCUACCAACCAAAAUGUCCCCGACUGUCCACCAACUAUCACUCUCACUACUGCCGCCCCAUCCAGAGAGAUGGACUCGGUCCUAACCUGUCCUAAUUGCGAUCACGCAUUCACCUCGCACAUAGGCCUGGUCGGUCACUUGCGAAUCCUUCGGGCCGUGACCGGCAUUGGCUUCGGACUAUCCUACGGGGCUCGUUGGUGUAGGGCUGUGUCAGGCAGGCUACUGUGUGGGAUUAAAAAUCUCCGCAAAGUCAACUGUCCUGAGGACCAGGUUGUGAGUUGGAAGUGUGCCAACUUCCUCCGACCCAUCAUCCAGUCAUUCCGCGCGAAACACGGUGCUCUACCUACUGUCCUCCAAUUCCAUCUCUUUCUAUUCUAGACCACGCCUGAAGGUCUUAUUGGAGGGUGUCUGCCACUGCCUUAGGCGGCUGAAAUAUGGGUCACGACCUCCUUCUUGACUCUAAGUGAUUUAUACGGAUGAUAGUUUUCAAAUGCCGCAUGAGUUCAGAUUGAGAGGCUAAAUAGCGAAUGGGAAUUUUUGCAUAUGGAAUUCUUUGGGAGACAUAGAGUAUGAGGUUUUCAAGAAAAAAGGUUGUCCUGUCAGCAUGGUCGUUCACCGAUCAGGGUACAGUUGGGAGCAUGCUUGCAUCAUUCGGUUUCUCAUUGGUUAACCAGUUACCUGCCUAACACCAGUCAAAAUACACUUUAAAUCCCAUACCCAAUUAAAACACGAACAGGCAAACGGCGUCACCAGAAUGAACACGCUGGUGCAUUUGUUUACUCGGCAUCUGGCUUGCCUGUGAGCACGAUGACUACCUUCCAGUCACAGGAGUAUGGACCCUUCAAGCUCUCGGAAAGAGACCGGAAACAGGGCAGAUUAUGUGACUUCACGCUCAUUGUAGGUUCUGCUAUUUGAUAAUUCUGAUGUAUUCAAAGGUGAAUGGUGUGCGCAUUGUGGCACACAAGGUUGUUCUCGCAGCCACUAUUCCCUUCUUUAGAGAGGUCUUCCUGUAUGGCGGGGAAUGUGCCGAAUUCGAGGAGUUGGAGGGACUUUCGCCGGAGUAAGUAUGCCAUAUGAAAUUUGCCUGACGUGUUUUAUAGGAUGAUAGAAAUGAUCAUUAGUUUUGCGUACAAUGGAAGGAUUGAGAUUACGGAAGCCAACCUGAGUGAACUGUUGGAGGUGGCAAAAAAACUGCGAAUAGACGGUUUGAGGGCACGGUGUGCUGAAUACAUUUCAACGCGGUAAGUUACAUGAAUCCAUUGACCGCAAUGCUUUACGUAAUUGCGUUCUUAACGGCAAGAUUGGACUUGGCACAUUUACACGUGAUCUGUAAUUUGAUGGACUAAAAUGCACUUGCUACUGAGUUGCCACAAGGAAUCUGAUAGUGAAGAAAUAUAAGUAAGCAAUUUCUGGCGAGUAAAUUGCACUUAUCUGAGACAGACCAUAUGUGCUAGUCUGCGCUACGGGGAGUUGCAGGGAGGGGAUAGGCGGUUGAGAGAGGGAAGGGAUCCGACCAUUUUCAUCGACGCACAGUUGCACCAUCGCCAGCCUAGGUCCGCUCGGGAAGUGUCACUUCACCCAAACAACUCCACACAGUUCUUGGGGUCAUUACAUAAUGUCCUUUUUUAACACCCCACCACUCUCAAGAUCAUUCAUUUUCGCAGCGAGCAGUCGUCGCCGGCCACUGUGUCCCUUAUUCUGGUGAUUUCUGUCCUUUACUACGGCUCGGGGUUUGGCCUAAGUAUUCUCACCGCUUAGACGCUUCAAGGCCUUCAAUAGUACUUAGCACAAACGUAUCCUAUACAAACUGAGAGUAAUGGGUAUCAGGGACAAAUCUCUUAAAUGGAUCGAAGAUUUCCUCAUCGUUCCUUCUCAAUUUGUCUGUGUAGAUCAUUAGCAAUCAAGGCGUACAGUCAUAGUGAGUAAAGUCUCACAUGGUUCAGUGCAAGGACCGAUCCUGUUCCUCUUGUUUACCACUUAUUGUGUACAAGAAUCGGACUGGGACUGUGUCAUGUUUGCAAACGAUAUAAAAUCUGGAAAGUCAUUCGCAGUGCUGCCGACGAAGCGGACUUCAAAAAAAAUCUUUGUCGGUUGGAAUAGUGGUUCCGCAGAUGGCUCCGGUCAUUUGACUGGAACAAAUGCACCACGUGUCGUCGAUAUCAGGUCUCUGAGUGGUGCAUCUACCAUCUAAACGGGAUACCACACCGAGAAGCCGAAACGCAGAAUGAUCUCGGCGUUUUGAUGGCCAACACGCUACAGUCUCCUGCACACUCUUGUAAAGCGACUGAGGGCACAACCACAAUGUUGUGCGCUAUCAAGCGGGCAUUCACAGUCUUCGACGAAGACCUCUUCUCCGGAGUCUUUGGUAAGCCUGAGAGGUUGCAUGUUAAACAUGCGGUUCAGACCUGGAGACUAUAACUUACUCGAAGGAGUGCAGAGGCUAGCAGCAGACUUACUAGGAGGUCAAUGAACACUGUCAUACGAGACCUGCUUAGCUGACUUAAAUCUCUAUCCUCUGAAUCAUGUGCAAUUACGCGGGCACUUGAUAGAAACUUUUCGUUACGUUCGUGGUUUGGACUACGUCCCACAGUGUGGGGACAUCUUCCAACUCAUCACAGCAACCAACCUCAGGAGGCUUACUUUCAAGUAAAUGUGUCCCAAGGAAAGCUGGAUGUAGAAAAGGACUUUUUCACAAAUCGUGUAAUGAAACCAUGGAAGAGCCCGCCGGAAGCGACUGUGAUGACUCACUCUGUGGAGAUAUUGAAAUAUCACCUUGACAGAUGCAUGCUUUAGCAAGAAGCGGACUGCGUGAUUACGAAGCCUUAAAAACAAACGUACUUAUGUGAAGUCAGGUCUGCUUCCAAUCAAAACUGUAACUUCCCUACAUUAUGGCCAAUUCUACGAAUUUGUAUGAGAUAAAUGAGGAAUCGAAAGGCGUAAGUGCGUUUCCCUCAUAUACACCGAAUGGAAGUUCACACAGUUAAGAGCGUACUGUUUGUUCUUGUUUUUUAAAGCUUUUUGUUAGAAUUUUAUACAACGCUCCACGUUUUCGUAUUGCACAAGAUGAAGCUGAUCAAAAAAGAGAGAAUUUGCCUGAUUAAUUGAUAGAAACGUCGCAGGAAAAUCGGUUUUCAUAAGGUCGCAUGCCGAGAGACCGGCGAGCGACUCAUUAAUUGAAGUAGAAUUGGCAGAUUCCAUUGUAAUAAUAUCGUUUUCUGUGCAUGAGAAGAAGUUUUCUUUAGUUAGAUUACUGUGUAGUUUUUGACGACGGUGUAGUCGACUGAGUUGCAGGGUGCAUUUUACAUAUCAAUAAACUCUUCGCAGAUUUCCGUAUUCUUAAUCGAUAGUCCAAAUAUGAUAGAUUCUGCAGUUUGUCUGUGAAAGCCUCCAAAGUAAGAUAUGUUUUAAUAUCAUCUACCCAACUAGUGAGCUCUUGGGCGUUCCAUUUCAUACAGAUGACCCCUUACCAAAUGUAUAUUUGGCACCUCAUUACCUUCUUAAAAUGGAAGUAAGAAAUGUAAUAUUGCUCAAGCUGUUAAAGGUACAUUAGGUAGGCUAAAUCAUGAAAUGUCAACCGAAAUUCCGAAAUGCGUUUUCAUUUCGAAAAGACUGAUUAAGUAGGUUUGUAAAAAAGGUCAGUCUGCGACAUAAUUCUAUAAUAUUGCAGUUACCCCAUGAUGUUGGCUUUGAAUGAGCUACCUUCCGGCUGCAUGCAGAAAUUACACUCUGCGAAAAAUGGCUACUUAAUUGGCAUAAAUUUUUAUCAUUGAUUUUCGAUUUCCACAAAAUUCUAAUUAAAUUUCAUAGAAAACAUGCAUAAACCUAUUCAUUCUUCUGCCCAUUCGGUGUCAAAUUACGUCUUCUUUCAAUUUUGUACUCGAAGGAGGGCAUAAUUUGGUUUUGAAAAUGUUUCUUAUUGUGGGACAUUUAAAUACCGUGAAAUGGCCGUUCAUAAAUCUACAUGUCUCUGCAUUUACCAAUGUGGCUUGUAAAGUUAACAAUAUGGAUCAAAUCCACUGUUAAAUUUUAUGAACCCUGUACGGUCCCCCUUUAUUACCGUAGAGAAAUCUGUGGUUUUCCGCACGCGGAACAUAUAUGGUUUGUAGAUAGCAAAUCCUGAAUCCAAGUGCAACGGUAGAGCGAGUUCAAAUUUAUUCGGGAAUUGGAAAUUUUUAGAAAGCGAAUUAUACCCUCACUUCGUGUAUAAAAUUGGUAGAAGACGUAAUUGUCUACAGAAUGAACAAGAGAAUGAAUAUUUGUAUGCAUGUUUUCCAUGAAAUAUAAUUAGACACUUAGGGGCAUCGAAAAUCAAUAAGGAAAAUUCAUGCUAAUUAAGUAGUCGUUUUUUACAGAGGGUAGUUUUUGCAUACAGCCGUAAGGAAGUUCAUUCGAAAGCCGACAUCCUGUGGUAACUGACAAUUUUGGACUCACCAAAUAGGACACCUCAUCACCUGCUUAAAACGGACGUAAGAUAUUUAAUAUUGCUCCAGCUGUUAAAGCCACGCCCGUUCUGUUUCUAAACUACGCAUUAGCAGAAAACUAGACGGCACAGAAGGUAGAUUAUAUGUACAUAUAUCAAAGGUAUUAUACCGUACUCCCGACCUAGAUACUUGCUAAAAGCCCAAACAUGUGUUUCGCCGAUAUUCUGCCGAUGCGUGACACAGCUGCGAGGGGUUCGGCUCUUCAGUGGGACCCCCAGCGUUCUCUAGCGGUUUCCGGUAUAUGAACUCCAGAGAAUAAUCAGGUGAAUAAUUUCAGAAAUUAAUCAGUGCAGAACUUGGAGUUAAAUCUCCGGGACAUGACUUUUUAUUCACCUGAUUAUUCUCUGGAGUUCAUAUGCCGGAAACCGCUAGAGAACGCUGGGGGUCCCACUGAAGAGCCGAACCCCUCGCAGCUGUGUCACGCAGCGGCAGAAUAUCGGCGAAACACGUGUCUGGGCUUUUAGCAAGUAUCUAUGUCGGGAGUACGGUAUAAUACCUUUACCAUAUGGAAUUCAUACUACUCAUAGUACUACUUGUUUGUAGAAUAGGCAUUACGUGGUUAGUCCACAGUAGUUGAUUGUCUUCGACUCAAAUGUUCAUUGAAAUUUCGGUUCUGACCCUAAAAAGUCAUGUCCCGGAGAUUUAACUCCAAGUUCUGCACUGAUUAAUUUCUGAAAUUAUUCACCUGAUAUACAUAUAUAUAUAUUCGAAUGGUCGCGUGAAGGUGCCCAUUUGCACCGUUUCUUAUAGAAUAUCCGCAGAUAUCAGUAAAUAUGUAUUCGCCAAAACAUGGGAUUGUCGGUAGGCGAUGUUACAACUUUUAGGGCGCAAGAUCAAAGUGCAUUACAAAGUCGAAUUGCUUAGACUGAAAAAGUGUGUAAUGUUCUCAAAAUAACGUACUUGUUCACACUCUGUUUCAUAUGAAUUACGCGAAGCCAAAAACACAGUUUCGAGGUCGAGGACAUUUGGAUUGUCAAACGUUUUCAGUUAGGGUUACCGCACUCAUGUAGAUAAGCACGUACUACAGCACCAACUUGGUCCAGCGCAUUUAGUAUCAUAGGAAAGUACUCAAAUACAGGGUGACCUUGACUGAAGCUCAAAUUGCGAAACUAAUCGUCAUACAAAAAGAAUCAUUUGUGGAACGAGAAAGGCGAAUAAGUAAACUGCACAACGUUUAAGAUGUCCAAAAAUGAGUAUUACCACUUCCACCGUCACGUUUCGUGAGUUAAUUCACACACUAUGUGCAUUCACAUGGAGAGUGGUAGUUUACUCAUGGUAGGGUGCAACCUUCGGGGUAAAUAUUUUCUCAGUCAACCCGACUGGCGCAUUCAAGACAAAACAGCAAGACUCCUUUUUAUGCACUUGCAAGGCUACAGACGUGUGCUGAUGGUCCACCACACUGUUUCAAGACGCAGCAUUGCACCAUUAGGCCUCAAAUUCCGUUCUGGGCUUUCUGAAUUUCGCAGACUCUUCAAUUCCCCAUCGAAAAAGUAAUUUGGAUUGGUGGCGAUUACCAAUUUCAGCAUGUACUGCGCAAGCCUAUUUCCCCCAAAUACACUGAACUGAACUUCACGUAAUCACGUGCCCACUGCUUGAUCAUUUUCUUAAAGAGCUUGUUGCAAGAAUUUUAUGCACGUUUUCCCCUUUUCUUAUUGUUCAAAAUGACGUUGGUUAAAAUGACGAGGAUUCCGUUCAAUUUUGCUGAUAGAAGCGUCAUAAGAAUGCCAGUUUUCAUAAAAUCGCAUGUUGAGAGGCCGGCCAACGCCUAAGAAAUUGAAGUAGAAUUAGCAAAUGCAGUCGUCAGCAUAUCGUAUUCUGUGUAUAGAAAGACGGUGAAGUCGGGCGAGUUACGGGGUGUCUUUUAUGUCCAUGAAUGUUUCGCAGAUUCCAGUAUUCUUAAUUGACUGCUCAAGUAGAUAGGUCCUGCGUUUCAUGUUUAUCAACGCCUGCAACAUAAUAUAGCCCAUAACAGUGUCUACCAAAGUAAUAAGUGCUUGAGUAUUCCUUUUCACGCUGAUAGCUGUUCGGGUGACAUUUUUAGAUUCGUAAACAUAAAACCUCGUCGUCGACAUAAAGUGAACGUCCAUAACCAAGGCAUGGGACAAAUGUUAUUUUGUACCGUUCAAGACUAGCCUCUGAUGAGUCACGUCCCUAAAAAGCGCCUUAGUAUGGUAUCUUUCUGAUUGCCGUCCAUGCACAACAUCUUUUCCCAGGGUGACUUCCCCAAAAAUCAAUGGUAAUUUUUCCGUCGCAGACGAAAGAACUGAUAUUCUUUUCAGAUGCGAAUCAUUUUUGUUAUUAUUGCCUACCUUUAUACUUUCUUUUAUCAUUAACUAUAUUCCACCUGAGGGGGUGAAAUUGCUAACGCUGUGCGGGUUCUGUUUCUCAAUUACACAUUAGCAGAAACUAGACGGUGCAAAAAGAUAUCAUGGCAUGUUCUGGAGUGUCAAAGUGACCGCUCGAAGAUCAUCUUUGUACGGUUCCUUUUAGUACACUCACAAUCAUUCACAAAUCCAGAUUUUUUAAAUUGACAAAGGUAUCUGUUUUUCUCAAAAUAACGUGCUUGUUCACAUCCCAUCUCACCCCGCUUACGCGACAGGAAAAACACAAUUUCCGGGUGGACGACACUUGCCUUGUUGAAAGUUUCCGCUCUAGGUCACUGCCCUCGUGUGGAUAAACACGUUUGAAUGCACAUACUUGGUUUGGAGCAUUUAGUAUCCGAAUAUGAGGUGACUUUGACUUUAGCUGUAAUUGCGAAACUGCUCUGCACAAAAUUAUUUAAAACGCAUUCUGCAUACAAAAAGGAUCAAAUGCGGAGCGAGUAAGGCAAAUAAGUAAACUGCACAACGUCUAAGAUGUCCAACAAUUAGUGUCACCAUUUCCAUCGUCACGUUUCGUAAGUUAAAUCACACACUGCGUGCAUUCACAUCAAGAGUGGCAGUUUACGCACGGUAGGGUGAAGCCUUCGGGGUAAAUAUUUUGUCAGCCAACCCGACUGGCGCAUUCAGGACCAAACAGCAUGACUCCUGUUUAUGCACUUCCAAGGCUACAGGCGUGUGCUGAUGGUCCACCACAGUGCUUCAAGACGCAACAUUGCGCCAUCAGUCCCCAACUCCGUUCUGGGCUCUCUGAAUUUCCCACACUCUUACCCCCCUCCCAACCGAAACAAUACCAUACGCUGGGGUUGACUGCCAAUUUGAGCUUGCACUGCAAAAUACAUCUCUUCCACCGUGUUCAUGUUUAUUUCAACGCUUUCGAUGUCAAUUAAAAUAGCAGGUGCUGAGUACCCACCAGCAUAUGCUGGUUUUACCCACACAUUUCUGUUGCCAGAUUAAGCCCCUACUCCAUCCAUCUCGUCCUGGAGCUGGCACACAAUUUGGCCAUGGAGGACGUAGUUGAGGCGUGUAUGCAGGGUUUUGCGAAUGCUUUCGAUGCUUGCAUCGAUGAGGGCGUAAUCUGUGAAUUUGGAGAAGAGGAGUUCUGUUCCCUCCUGACGAGGCCUGAUCUGCGCAUCAAGGGUGAGGCCUCCCUUCACCGCGGCAUCGUCUGUUGGCUGGAACAUCGCUCCACUGAGGACGACUUUCGGGCAUCUGGGCGGAGCGCGUUCGAGUGUCUUGCGUCCUAUCCGCACCUCUUCGGGACAAUCUGUUCGCUCUUUCUGAGGGUGGACAAAGCCGUGCACUUUAUGUGCUCGUCACAUAAGUUACCUUUCAGGCAAGUCUCUUGUCCACAUAUUGGUAAUAUCUGCAGCAUUGCAGUUAAGCAAUGCUUAGGCCGCCUGCAUUUUUUCACUUAAUAAAAUGCAUACUUUUCGAACUGUGCUGGGAUCACCUAGGUUCUUCUGCACUUUCACCCGUGCAUGAUGACCUUCACAGGGUACACUGAAGCCGGUGUUUUUUAGCCAUACUUUCAGCUAGGAGAAUUAUAUGAGCGAACAAAUCGAUGCUGACUAGCAGUAAGAAACGGUUGCUCGUAUUUUUAAAUCUUCUUGCAUGUUUUCAAAUGCUCCGUAGGUACAGCAUAACUUACAUACACCGCUGAUUUACUUACAUAGUGGCACUUAUGAAUGCUCCGUAUUGCCUCCUUUGAUUUCCGACCGGUAUUUUUAAGGCUGUCACCCGAAAACAUUGUGACGUAUUUGCGGAUUUCGGAGGAAUUCGGAUUCGUUGACGUAAAUGACCUCAUUGAGUGGACAUUGUGUAAAAAUUAUGAGGAGUUUGUUACGACAACGGCCUUCACCAAACUAUCGAGCAGUCAAUUAAAACGCCUUCUGGCACGUGAUGACCUCGUCGUUGCCAACGAGGCUACGGUCCUUCGUUCAUUGGUCACUUGGCUCAAUGCUCAGAUGCUGGACAGAGCUAACCGUCAGUCGGUGUUUGAGGAUCUGUUUGCCCUAAUUCGUCUGCUCCAAACUCCCGCAAACAUCCUGCAGGACAUACUAUCGGAGUACAGUGACUGUUCCACAAGUGUCAUAUGCCGGUAUGUCUUCAGUUUUAAGCUGGGCGAGUUUCUAUUUUCUCCCCAUUGUCACCCUCCCUCAGUUUUCGCUCUUUGAUAUUCCGUUGUUUGCGAUUGAGUCUUGUGAAGUAAACACUAACAGCGCUAAACACACCACGGUUGGUUCUGCCAUAGCCUUCUUCAAUGGAAUGGCAGGGAACGUCUCGGUCAGAUGGGCAGAGAAUGUUUUCAUUACCACUCACCCACUGCCGAGCGUGGCAGCCCCCAAUGUCAAGUCAGUUGACUAAUAAACUUCUGAAAUCGGAACACCGUUGCAAAGAGCAUGUUGAUCUCAUCCUCUCAAGACGUUUUAGGUUAAAAUAUUCCCACCAAGGAGUUUUUUUUUCAGCCGGAUUACACACCACCGGAGCGGAUAAAACGCCGACAGUUAGUUCAGGAGCUAAGGCUGCGACAAACGAAUGGCGAACAAGGCCUGGUUAUCUACAACAACUGCAUAGUCGAGCGACCGUCCCGAUUCAUAUGGACACGGCCCGUACGUAUGUCGCCACAGCCGAGACAAUUGGCAAAGGCGACUUACCAAAGGAAAAAAAGCUAAAAUGCUUGUAUUCCAAUGCGCAAAGUCUGCUAUCUAAAUUAGAUGAGCUUAAAAUCUACGUUGACCAAACCUUACCCGAUGUUAUAUCCAUAACUGAAACGUGGCUGUCCGCGAGCAUAGACGAUCGCGAAGUCGCUUUAUCUGGUUAUCACUUGUUCAGAAAGGACAGGUUGGGACGUCAAGGUGGAGGUGUGCUCGUGUACGUCAAAUAUGGCCUUUUUGCGUCAGAAAAAGGGGGACAGCUCGCGCGCACAACUGAAACGAUUUGGCUCACCGUCAAAACGCCGGGGUCACAACCUCUUGAGAUCCUGACGGUCUACCGCCCACCGAGGAACGACCCGCAAUCAGACAGUAGUCUACUAGAGGAAUUAGAAGCGAUUUCGCUCCGACCCAAUGUCAUGAUUAUGGGCGACUUUAACACUCCGAAUAUCGACUGGAAUCUGACUUCUGCCCCGGGCUCAGAAUUUAACUUUGAUCGCCGCCUCCUAAAAUCUGUGCAAAGAUCGCAUCUAACACAACACGUCUUAUCCCCAACCAGACUACGUGAAUGACAACUAGCUAACUGCCUAGACCUUGUAUUGACAAAGGCACCGGAAAGCGUUGAUGUCGUAAACUGUCUACCCCCUCUCUGAAAAAGCGACUAUGUAGUCCUACAGUGGGAGUAUUCUCUCUUCUCUGUACCCGAUCAAAGCAUCGUGAUUAGACGCAACAUAUGGCGUGGUGACUUCAACCAAAUGCGUCUCGACAUGCGUCGUAGAGACUGGAAAGCAGCAUUUACGGGGUGUGUCCUCAAGGACUGGCUAGAACUUAAGGCCAUACUGAAUGAACUUAUCACCAGAUACUGCCCUAUGUCGAAAAAGAAAAUCACCAGCAGGCCCCGAUGGCUUAAAGGUUCACUAAAAAUUGAAGUAAACCGUAAGCAAAAGCUGUGGAAAGCAUAUCUUAGGGACAAGACAACUGAAUCAAGAAAUAGGUAUAAGGCUCAGCGGAAUAGGGUAAAGUGCCUUGUUUACAAAGCCCGCCAAGACUUCGAGGGUAACCUUUUAAACUGUGCAGGAGAAAACCCAAAGCUUUUCUUCAACUACAUAAGACAAAGUACUCGCAACAGGGAUCCCAUCCCUAUGCUAAAAACUGAUGAUGGCGUUGAACUUUACAAGGACGACGAAAAGGCUGAGCAUCUGUCCAGGUUCUUUCAGUCGGUCUUUACGAGAGAAGUCGCUGUACCCACUGAUCACUGUAAUGUGGACAAUGUCCCGACAAUUGACUCAGUGGUUCUCACAAAACCUAUUGUUCAACAGGAAUUACUGAAGCUAAAAGAAGGGACUUCGCCCGGUCCUGACGAAAUACCGGCAAAGUUGUUGAAGGAAUUAGCCACAGAAUUGGCAGAACCUCUGAGCGUCCUCUUCCAAGCCUCUCUUGAUGCAGGCAGACUGCCUCCUGAGUGGAAGACUGCGUGGAUUUCACCGAGUCAUAAAAAUGGCAGUCGCGCUUCCGCAAACAACUACCGACCAGUAAGCCUCACCUCCAUAUGCUGCAAAGUUAUGGAGCGAAUAAUCAAACGCGAACUGAUGCGGUUUUUAGAGCAAAAUCAUCUUCUGUGCGAUGCACAGCAUGGUUUCCGCAGAGGGAGGUCCUGCUUAACCAAUCUACUCUACUGUCUUGAACAGUGGACCCGAGCGAUUGAUGAAGGAAACGUUGUGCAUGUGGCCUACAUAGACUUCAAGAAGGCCUUUGACAGCGUGCCACACCAACGUCUCCUACACAAGCUCAGCCUCAUAGGGGUAAGAGGCAAGCUUUUGAAGUGGAUUGAAAACUUUUUGGUCGGUCGGUCCCAGACUGUUCGUCUUGGUGGCCAGCACUCGGCAGAGGUGACGGUUACGAGCGGAGUACCUCAGGGCUCCGUUCUUGGCCCUAUCCUCUUCCUCAUCUAUAUUGAUGAUUGUAUCCAUGGAUUGGACUGCAAGAUUGCCAUGUUUGCUGACGAUAUAAAGCUUUGGACCGUCAUCGGCAACGAGGACGAUGAAGCAAAUUUACAGGCAAACUUAGACCGACUCGAAAAAUGAUCAGGCCACUGGCUCCUCCCAUUUAAUGUGACCAAAUGCAACAUUCUGAGGAUUGGCAGAACCAGCUCUGCGCACCGGCAGACGUACUAUCUAAAUCACACACCGUUGCCACUGGUAGAGGUUCAGAAAGACCUAGGGGUGUGGAUAACAUCUUCACUAAAGCCAUCAUUCCACUGCUUGAAAGCAGCGAAAUCCGCAAUGUCCAGCUUAUAUCUCAUUAAGCGGGCAUUUGCCAAGUCCGAUGAAGAGUGCUUUCGCAAGGUCUUCGGGAUGUUUGUGCGCCCACAGUUAGAAUUUGCCAUUCAGGCCUGGAGACCCUGGACUGUUAAGGAUCGUACCACCCUCGAAAAAGUCCAACGACGGGCAACCAAGCUUGUCAGAGGUCAUAAAAACCUACCUUACGAUACCAGACUUUCAAAUCUUAACCUCUUUCCCCUGGACUACAGACAACUCCGUGGCGACUUAAUUCAAACGUUUAGAAUGUUACGGGGUCAGGAUUGCUGCCUCGCAUCCGGCGACUUCUUUGAGCUGGCCACCACUGAGGACACCCUCUGAAACUACGUGUGACAGGAGCGAGACUGGACGCAAGGAGGUCCUUCUUCAGUCACAGAGUGGUAAAGGCAUGGAACGCCCUACCUGUGGAUGUCGUCAUGUCCUCAUCCGUGGACUCAUUUAAGAGAAAGCUUGACCAGUACAGGGUUAUGUACCUCCACAGCAUCAGAAACUAACGCAUUCCCCCCUGUGCCACCCGCCCCAUCCAACGUUUUAUGUUACAAAACAUGCUACUCCCUAUAUUUUAGUAACAUUACGUUUUACAAUUUUCGCUAUCUCCUGACCGCCACAUAUGCGCUUGCUUUGAUAUUACUUGGUCCAUUCAUUGCCGUACUGGAUAUUGUACAAUUUUGACAUAGAAGGCAUUCACAGACAAAUUCAUACCAGUGACCAAUGCUUGUUGUAUGUAAUUACUUACCUAAUUUUUUUCACACUUGCCUUACACAUUGUUUUUUUUAUGACGUUAUUGUAACCAAAAGGGAGUUCAAAGGCGCUCGCCUACUUUUCCCUUAAUAAAUCUGAUCUGAUCUGAUCUAAACCUAUUUAGCGUUCAUUCAAAGACUGGCUUAAAAGUCGACCAGAUCUCUGACCGCAAACCCUUGCCCUCUGUGGACGAUGGUGUUUAUUCUGUUUGUGGCACCACAGUCUUUCAAUGAAAUUGUAGAGGCGCGAGUGAAAGCAGCUGAAAAAACGGGCCGUAGCCGCAGCCAGGCAAUUAAAAUGCAGCCUUCUGAAGACCAAUCUGUGCUUCUAUGUUCCCAUCCAGCUGAUGGUUUUGGCUUACCGAUUUUUCAUGGCUAUUUGCCGCUACCUUCUCGUAGUCAAAUCAUGGACCUGCGGGUGCGGUGUGGGACAGGCAGAAACAGCUUUGAGUUGUUUUCCCAAGGUCAUUUUCUUAUCAGACACAUUGUAUGAUAGUCCAGCUCUCCUGGUAGCUGUCCUCGUAAGGCAUCUUCUCUGCUUCACCUCUGUGCCCGUGAACUAGUUGAUCAGGCUCAGCAGCUUGCCAAUGUCUACCUGGACUUUAGUGCUUCGCCUAAAAAGGAACGUUGUCGGCCUUCUUCUCCGGAAAAGUGCCCGGUCAGAUCUGUGAUAUUGGCAUCAUAUAGGUUUUCCCUUGAGACCGAUCAUCACCUCCCGGACUUCUAGACGCACAUCCAGCACCCUUAGGUGGCAUUAACUCCUUAAGCCCUCUGCAAAUUGGCUGCUGAAUUUGACUUACUUGACUGUCAUAACGAUUUGCUACUGCCUUCUGUCAGGCAAGUUUUCGAAAUACGCCUUAGUUGUGUUCCGCAUGGAACGGAUCGGGUCAGCUUUAAAUUGUCUUCCAAAAUCCUUUACUUACGUGGUACAUUGCGUGAUCAUCCAACUCCAGUGAAUUAAAAAAACUGUCUUAAAAUUUGCACAACAAAUACACACAAUUUGUCUCCUUUGAUAGGGAACUCACUCAUCGGGUCCAGCAGCUUGUCAGCGAUUGUUCGACAUCAGUUCUUCAGCCAGAAGAAGCAUUGACAGCUGCCUUCUCCCAGAAACCACGCGUCUACCGUGACUCUGGCAGACCUGUGCUAUUUGUCCUGUGUAGUCUGACCACUGAGGGAGAUCAAGACCCCCUGGUAACGUAUGAAUCGAAGCAAGACGCAUGGAAUGCUGUUGCUCGAAUUGGUUGCAAUUAUGACGCCCCAGUAGUCGGCUUUGGGGGUACGUUCUGUCCCUUGUUCACUAGCUUCAACCAAAACAGCAGACUGGUUUUCUUCCCAGAGUCUUGGUAACUGUUUACUUCCACAAUUUUAUUCAGACUUGUGCAGGUGCAUCCUUCGGCGUUGCGUUUUGCAGUCAUUUGUACCUGCAAGAGUGCUAACGGUGUAUAUGUGCGUGUGCCCGUAGGGUGUAGCGAUGUCCAUGUGUGGGUCCAUGCGAUGGUCGUAGUAGGUCGCUCACUUGCUUGAAGGGGUAGAUUACGCCUAGCGUCCAUGAACUGGCACCCAACUCUCACGUUUGACUCCUCUAAGUUAGGCCACUCCUAACGACCGCGCCCCGCUAACCGCCUCGAGUGGCGGGUCAAGCCAGUUUGAGGGCAUCCGGUGUUGUGUGUGUCUCUACACCCAGUAACGCUGCUUCCUCUUUCCCCUCUACUACUCCUCCGUUCCUCUCUACCCUUCCCUUACCCCUCCCGCUUUCUUAUAUCUACUGUCUACCCUGUUUACUCUCUAUUCUCCUCCUUCCCCAAGUAAAUCGUAUCAUUCCAUCGUAUCAACGCCUGCGACCCUUAGUGGAAAGCGGUAUCCGUCUGGUGUGACUAGGCAGUCCCAUGUACGGAGAGCACUCUAUCCCACGAUGGGUGGAGAGGCUAUAAAAGGAGAUCCAAACGGUCAUAUCGUAGACCUCAGACUGCACUACAUGCGUUCGAAACCAUCACACGAGAAACAGUAAUCUCUUUUUUCCUCUCUCCGUCCAUCUGCCCUCCGCCGCACUCUGGAUUCUCCGUGUAAAAAUCCCACCUGCUGAGUGUUUUUACUCAUAGGUCAGCGGAAUAACCUAGCCAAAACGUCGAUCUUGGUUCACUUUUGAUGGGUGCUCAGUGCGUUAUGUUUUUUAUAACUUGUAUCAUUUAAAUAACGCAAUAAUUUAGUCUGAAACGUUCAAAAAUGUCGACAGUUUUACAGGUAGAAUGCUUUAGGAUUGAAAAUAAUCCUGUUUCUAUCGUUCGAACAGACUCCAUUUACGCAUUCGGAGAAGAAAGAGGAAGCAAGGACGUGGCGAUUUUUACACCAGGCACCGGCGAGCGCAAACGAGGCUCUGCAGCACCAGGAGGCCAGUUAUGCCAUCGCGCCGUUGUUUUCGGCAAGAAGAUCCUCGUUGCGAGUAAAGUCAACUGUUCCAGUCUCUACGAUCCCCUUUCAGACACGUGAGUUUACGCUACCGUCAGCUAAAAUAUCGACAAGGGCGUUCACGGAUGAGGUUACGGGACCGGCCCGUCCCAUGGGUGAAUUUAGGGUUCUAGAAGAAGAUUGGGAAAAAGACGAUGAGGCAGCUAUGGGAACUGCGUUUUGAUGUAGUGACUUACAGCAUUUCCACCCAGCCACCUUGACAAUACUCACUUCAGAAGAGCUUUUGACGUGCUUACGCGUGUUGUCGACAAAUUCUUAUCGGUUCUGUACAUUUAUAUGGGAAGGAGGGCGUGUGGGUGAUAAGUACAAUCGAUUACUCUUCGUCCUUUCAUACAAACAUACAAUACUCAUUUCGCUAACUAGGCUUCGAUUCCCCGACAAAGAAAGGUGUCCGCUUGGGCGAUUGUCCAGCCUCUACAUCUACCGGUCCCCUCCACCUCUAGACAUUUUGUCACAAAUAAACAUCCCUCAAUUCAUCUGAGCUGCUCCAUUUCCCGUCGGAUAAAAUAAAACUGGUGAAUGCUUGUUAUUUAAAUUCACAUGAGAUUAGUCCUCCACCUGUCCUCCACUCUGGGCUGCGUCUGCGUAGGCGGUGGUGUGGUGAAAAGAAAUCCAGGAUGAACUGCCACUUCUGGUUUACUUCACGAUAUCCGCACCUCGUUCCAAGUCUUGGGACACCGAACAUGUUAUGUUCCGUAACCGACAUCGGCUAAGAACAACCCGUGGGACUUGCAAUGUUUCCGAUCGCAGAUCUUAAAGCCAUGGAUUAAAGAAUGGAGCGUCUGACGCAACUGCUCGAUGGACCAUCGAUCAAAGCGCCAACUCCAUGGAUCUUAAUUGGAAGAUGAUGGUCUUUUGACAGCAGAUAAAUCAACAGUGGACAUUAUAGCCUUUUCUACGUUUGACUGCAUUCCAUCCACAUUGUUAGGUGUUUGGCUUAUUUUGCAAUUAACGCAGACUGCGUUGAUGACUGAUUGAGCCUUUCCGAGACAUCAGCCACGCGACUGACCCGAUAUCAGGAAUCGCCUCUUUAUCCUCUUUAUCGUUGGUGAUCAUCCGCAGUAAAUGGUAAUUGCAUUUUUACAUCUCAAGCAAUGGUGUUUUAGGAGGAAGUGGACUUAGCCAGUUUAUCCACCUUCCUUCUAGGUGGUCCGAGGGGCCGGGAUGCGAGUUCGAUCUGACUAUUUCCUGUUUGAUCUCCGUUCGUGAGCGCCAUGUCCUGGCCCUGGGAACUUACGCGGAGGAUGCAAAAGUGUUUUGCUGGUCUCCGUUUGUUGUGGAACCUGAUGCCAUAGGGAGCCAAGCACAAGCAAAGAAGUGGACAGAAAUUCCUAUCCCUGAGUGCCCACCCUGUGAGACCAGAGGCGUAGAAGUUAACGGACGGAUUUUCGUUCUAGGGAUGACGAUGGAGGACCGAAGUAACUACUUAGCAAUGUUCAUUUCUGUGAACGAUGCUCAUCCCGAUGCCUGGGUACCAGAGGGACAGUGGACUGUAAUUUCUGAAAUGCGCUUACGCGACUAUCACUUCAGCAUGGUCCUUGCGGCCGGUGAUAUCUACAUCAUGGGUGAGUUCCUUGCGUUUUCACCGUUCAUUCUGUCUGAUUUCCAUUCGGCCCGAAUCUUGUUGUCUUACACUUUAAAGUCUGAUAGCUUUGAAGGUGCCUCCCUACAUGGCAGGCAUAUUUGAAGCAUGUAGGUAAUGGAACGCCUAAAAUAAUGGCAACUGGGCAGUGCAGGAAGUUCACGUUUAACGAGCCGACAUACAUAAAAAUGGACCACCACGCGUUUGAAGCUCUGAGCGAAAAUUGAACUGUGAUCCUUCCUCUGGCCCGAGGAAUUAAUUUCGAUCAUCGAACUGGCCUCAUCAGUCCUGUGCACGUGACUCUCAGCAUUAUUUCACCAACGAGGACGCGUAGUUGUCAUCGGGAAAGAACGAACUCGUCCAGAACUGUGAAAUCGCACUUUUCGGGAACCUUGAUUUUCCUCACGAAUCCUUUUUUCAGAACUUGUCCAGCACUCUAUGUACCUAUUUCAUCUCCCGUCCACACGCUGUAUAAAGCGUCAUUUUACUGCUGAGUGAAACUCUAGGCGACUAGACCUCUGAUAAGUAAAGGCGGCGACAGAUUCUCCAUGCUAGUGGCGCCACACUCAUUGGUGCCCACCCCUUUAAUAAACUGAUCCAAUCAAAUUUGCGCCAGUGGAAAUCUGGUCAACUCCUGUGCCCCGUGAUCCUAUCAGGCGUGAACUCAUGUAACGUUUACUUUUACGCGUAUUGUGCAUACAAGUCUAUCAGGUGUGAAGCAGGGCGAUGCCACCUCUCGACGGCCACUUCGAGCUACAGUACUACAAAGCAGGACGAUUGUUUCUUUUUUGGGAGACUUUCAGUCGAUGACAGGGUAGCGCAGCAGCGAGGGCCAAUUCGACUCCAAUACUUAGGGGACCUUGCACCUGUCAGAUCUCAUUCAGUCCGUUUUAAACAUGCUUUGACCAACGGUCGUGGCGGUAAAUAUGCGUUUAGGAAGCAGCAGCAGCAGUUUCCUGAUCAGUGGAAUCUGAUUGACUGUGGAUCAGAGCCAACUGCCAAUACGCACGCGGGUACAGCUUAGGAGGGUGACCAAUGUUCCACGUGAAAUAACCUCUAUGUUAUGGAAAGAAGAAUUGCUUUGUUCGGGGGGUUCUACUGGCGUUUUCCGCAUGUAUCGUGCCCAAGUGGCCGAAACUUUCCACGGUUGCGCAAAUUCUGAACAUUGUAUGGUCGCGACAUUCCUUAAUCAGCGGAAAAUUGUGUCUUUACAUUACUAUUUACCUUUUCAUCGAUAAGAGGAAUUGACGGGCGCUCUUUUCGACUUUUUUACCAGCUAAACAGAAAUUCGAUUCAGACGACACAGAGGAUGCAGUGGUGUUUCUGCCAAUGGUCGAAGAUCGUAGGCCUUGGAUGUCCCCACAACUUUCGUCGGUAUGUUGUCAGCUGGACUUUAUAGGAGACAGAAAUGACAGCUGUGUUAUUCUCAACUGUCUGACCCAAACUAGAGUUGCAUAGGCCACAUCAUCUUUGGUGCCAAGUGUAAAGUAAUCAGACAAAUACACGGUUGCAAGAGAAAGCCGUAGACCCGAUGCGAUCAGAUUGGUUGUUCUCCUAUAAAAUACCCUUCCUGAGGUUUAACGCAAGAUCACACAAAUUACUUGGGAACUUUCGUACUGCCAUAUUUUGUCUGGGAGGGGGGGGGGUUCGAGAGGAUAUAGGCAACUCCGACCCAAGCUUUCUAUGCACCAGUGCGUAGACUUGUGAAAUGCUAACAUUUUCGCUUACGCAAGUACCAACGAAUUCAGACACUUUCCUUAAAAAUAUCACGACGGAUAUGGUUGCCAGUGGCGUAUGUUACUAGCCCUCGGACGAGAAUGCCUUCACUGAAGUGAAAGUGCGAAAUGUUUUGAUCCUUGCUUUGUUAAUCUCUUGGGUGUUGUGACCUGCCAGACAAAAGAAAAAUCAUCAGUCUCAUCUGACAGAGAUAAGAUGUGACUUCUUCGUCAGAAUCUAGGCCUCAUUAUACAUAGGUUUUCCCAUACUUCUGUCGAGUUAUCAUCUAGUCAUUUAAACGUCCCUUUAUCCUAAGAGAUGAAGGCCUCUAAUUAUAAUGGUGAGCAUUCUGAUGGUUAGAUGGAUCUAUAAGCUGUGAAGUGUGUCACCUUCCAAAACUGGUCAAGUGCGCGUUCAGAAGCCGGCUGAGAGUUGAUGAGUGUGAUGGAUCUAACUACUAAUGACCGCCUCUGAUGUGAUGGACAGGCAGACGCUUUGAUCGUGGAAGCCAUAUUCUGAGAAAGUCGUUUAACCUAGAAAUGCAAUUUUGUACAUAUGAAUGUCACAAGAAUCUAUCUGUGCAUCUGCGAUUCCCCACCGUAUAAACCACGGUUUUGUAGGAAAGCAUUUAGCCCAACAUUAGUUUGGCGAGUUUGAGCGUUCUAAAAGUAAAACAUGCCUAUAGCAUUUGAGUCAUCAAGAAUUUCCAUAAGUAAUCGGGGGCACUUUCAGCUAAAAGUAGUCUUGUGCGUAAGAUUUGUGCCACUAAAUUUAAGACAUUUUUGAACAAAACCUGCAAUCAUUAUUACGUCUUCAGUGUAAUAGACGGUCCUAAGACAAGUAUACCUAAAAGCGGUUGCUUGGUUAAUGGAAAAUUAGAAUUUCGGAGUUGGCAUUUGUUCAGGUGUGAUUACGUCCACUUUUGUCUAUAUAUUUGGUAGGCCAGAGUGGUCCUAAAGCAGAACAUUUGGUUGAUGUACUGGACCAACAGGGGACUCAGUUUUAAGAAAAGGGCAUUUAAUUUGGAUGGAACGAUUUUGUCGAAUUUACUGAAUGCUCCUACUUCUCUUACGUCAGAAGACCGGUUUCCCGACACAAAUCCGGCAGCCUCACAAGCUCAUUUAUUUACUAAUGUUUUUUUCCUUUCCUUUAGAAUGCCCCGAUGUCAUCAUGGAGAUGGUGGCCGUUGGAUAAACUUGGGAGGACUAAGUUUUAUGAUCGUGCAGGAGUUUUCCUCCAGCCUACUCAUAAAAAUGCCCUUAACAAUUCAUAA